GCUGAUAGAGGAUAGUCCACUGAAGCUUACGAGUGUCGGAGAGCCAUCUUCCCUAUCGGGCAGAGAAAGAGAGUGAAGGGGGGACCGAGGACACAAUUUGGGGAUCCCGGCUUCUUUAGGUGGCACAAAGACAGUGCAGGAAACCGGCACGGACACUGGUGUGAUUCUGCAGAACAGAGUGUUUUAUUCAUGUCAAGACAAGGAUGUGACGGGAACUUGUGGAAGAUCGAGCGAACGAAAGACAAGCUUUUGAAAAUACAAAGGAAGAGAAAUACGAGAGGCAACUACAGUUGGUGUAUUGGAUAGGAUUAUGACCACUGGGUUACACGGCGAAUGGUUUUGAUACAUAAUUAUUACAGGGUUCACAGUCCUUAGUUUGCCUAGUCGUACUCCGCGGAUGUAAUGGAACUAAUGUUCGCGGAGUGGGAAGACGGAGAGCGAUUCUCCUUCGAAGACUCCGACCGGUUUGAGGAGGACUCCCUCUGCUCCUUCAUAUCGGAGGCAGAAAGUCUCUGUCAGAAUUGGAGAGGGUGGAGAAAACAGUCCGCUGGGCCCAAUUCUCCUACAGUAAAGAUCAAAGAUGGUCAGGUAAUCCCUCUGGUGGAGCUGUCUGCCAAGCAGGUAGCGUUCCACAUCCCAUUUGAGGUGGUGGAGAAGGUGUACCCCCCUGUGCCAGAGCAGCUGCAGCUUCGCAUUGCCUACUGGAGCUUUCCAGAAAAUGAGGAAGACAUCAGGCUCUACUCCUGUCUGGCCAAUGGGAGUCCAGAUGAAUUUCAACGAGGGGAACAGCUCUACAGGAUAAAGGCCGUGAGAGAUCCCCUGCAGAUUGGCUUCCAUCUCAGCGCCACCGUGGUGUCUCAGCAGGCCGGCCAGUCCAAGGGUGCCUACAACGUGGCCGUAAUGUUCGACCGCUGCCGCAUCACUUCCUGCAGCUGCACCUGUGGCGCUGGGGCCAAGUGGUGCGCCCAUGUGGUGGCCCUCUGCCUCUUCCGCAUCCACAACGCCUCCGCCGUGUGUCUGCGAGCGCCGGUGUCCGAGUCGCUGUCCAGGCUGCAGAGGGACCAGCUGCAGAAGUUUGCCCAGUACCUCAUCAGUGAGCUUCCGCAACAGAUAUUGCCCACAGCACAGAGGCUUCUGGAUGAACUCCUGUCCUCUCAGUCCACUGCCAUCAACACAGUGUGUGGAGCCCCAGAUCCCACAGCCGGACCUUCCGCCUCAGAUCAGAGCACCUGGUACCUGGACGAGUCCACGCUCAGCGACAACAUCAAGAAAACGCUGCACAAGUUCUGUGGCCCCUCACCAGUAGUAUUUAGUGAUGUGAACUCCAUGUACCUGUCGUCCACUGAGCCCCCGGCUGCAGCAGAGUGGGCCUGCCUGUUACGGCCACUGAGGGGGCGGGAGCCCGAGGGCAUCUGGAACCUUCUGUCCAUCGUCAGGGAGAUGUUUAAGAGGAGGGACAGCAACGCCGCGCCCCUGCUGGAGAUACUCACAGAGCAGUGUCUCACUUAUGAGCAGAUCAUUGGCUGGUGGUACAGCGUGCGUACCUCGGCCUCCCAUAGCAGUGCCAGUGGGCACACGGGCCGCAGUAACGGCCAGACGGAGGUGGCGGCGCACGCCUGCGCCAGCAUGUGUGACGAGAUGGUGGUGCUGUGGAGGCUGGCCGUGCUCGACCCCACCAUGAGCCCGCAGAGACGCCUGGAGCUUGCCGCCCAGCUCAAGCAGUGGCACCUGAAAGUGAUUGAGAUCGUCAAGCGCGGUCAGCAUCGCAAGUCCCUGGACAAGCUCUUCCAGGGCUUCAAGCCAGCCGUGGAGUCCUGCUACUUCAACUGGGAGGUGGCCUACCCGCUGCCCGGCAUCACCUACUCCAGCACCGACAAGAAGAGCGCCUCCUUCUGCUGGGCUCGGGCAGUGCAGCAGCAGCGCGGCGCCAAGGCCGGCCUGAGUGGGGACCAGCAGGAGCCCGGAGGAGGGGGAAGGGCAGUGGGGUGUGACGGGGGCUCGUACGACCACAAACCGCGCAGCGGCUACCAGCCCCAGCAGGAAGUGGCCGUCCGGCCCAAGGAGACCAUCGUGAGCAAGAGGAAAGGUCUGUCGGCCGUGGGAGGGCCCGGGGUUAUGAUGCGUCUGGGAGGGGGCGUGUCUCUCGCUCUGGAGGGCGAGGGGAAGGGCGUGUACAAGACGGUGGCCUCUUCCUCCUCGGGGAGCAAAGCCAAACUGGCGCAGGGCGGGAAGGUGUCCGGUGGAGGAGGAGGUGGAGGAGGAGGAGGUGGUGGUGGAGGAGGUGGGGGAAGCGGGGGCAAGCACCCCAGCGCCAAGCGCCGGACCAGCAGCGAGGACAGCUCUCUGGAGCCCGACAUGGCCGAGCUGAGCCUGGACGACGGCUCAAGCCUGGCGCUGGGCGCAGAGGCCAGCAACACCAACAGCUUCGACUUCCUGCCGCCGCCGCCGGAGAUGCUGCCCUCGCCCAGCCCGCUGCUCCGAGAGCCGCGCAAGUACGGGGGCAGUGGUGGCGGCAGCGGCAGUGGUGGUAGCAGCUCGUCCAAGGAGCGGGUCUUCGAGGGCAAGCGCGUCUCCCAUGCCCCUGUGCCACCCGCAGCCGAGGUGCCUGCGUUCUCGAAGGAGCGCGCUCUGCCUGGGGCUGCUGCUUCUGCCACCGCCGCUGCGGCCGCUGGGGUGCCCGCCGCCGAUAAGGAAGUGGAGGUGGAGGCCGAGCUUGAGGAGAACGGGGGCGAGGAUGACUGCCUGGCGGAUGACGCCCGGCCUUCCACCUCCGCUGCCGCCGCCGCCGCAGCGGCGACUCCGAAUCUCCCUGCCCCCGUCACGGGCAAGCCGCCGCGAGGGACCCGCAGGGAAGGAGAGGCCAGCGGGGCCGCGGCCGGACCCCCGGGCCCUGAGGGAGCAGGAGCGGCGGCUGGAGGAGCCGGUGGCGGAGACCCAAUCGGGGAGGACGACUACCAGGCCUACUACCUGAGCGCCGCCUCGGAGGAGGGAGGGGACCGCGGCGCCCCUGACAACAAUCACGAGGAGGAGCCGGACAUCUUCGCCGGCAUCAAACCGCUGGAGCAGGAGGGACGCAUGGAGGUGCUGUUUGCGUGUGCGGAGGCACUGUAUGCCCAUGGCUACAGUAAUGAAGCGUGCCGAUUGGCUGUGGAGUUGGCCAGCGACUUGCUGGCCAAUCCUCCCGACCUGAAGGUGGAGCAGCCACAAACAAAGGGUAAGAAGAGUAAGGUGUCGACCAGCCGUCAGACUCAGGUGGCCACCAACACGCUGUCCAAAGCUGCCUUCUUACUGACGGUGCUGAGCGAGCGGCUGGAGCUGCACAACCUGGCCUUUAACAUGGGCAUGUUCUCUCUGGAGCUGCAGCGGCCCCCCGCCUCCACCAAAGCCCUUGAGGUUAAGCUGGCGUAUCAGGAGUCGGAGGUGGUGGCCCUGCUGAAGAAGAUCCCGCUGGGCGUGGUGGAGAUGAGUCUGAUCCGGGACCGGGCCGAACAGCUGCGCGACGGCAACUUCUGCGACUACCGACCCGUCCUGCCCCUCAUGCUGGCCAGCUUCAUAUUCGACGUGCUCUGCACCCCAGAGCACAGUAUUCAGACACAAAAGUUCUCCGGCUGUCAUCAGGGGUGUGGAAAACCAGCAGCACAGAUUUCGCAAAUGACAAACGCACCGCCUCAGAUGCUCACGGUGUCUCCCACGGGCUCCCGCCCCCCCAGCCGAAACCGGAACACGGAGAUGCCGGGCGACGAGGAGCUGGGCUUUGAGGCUGCCGUGGCGGCGCUGGGCAUGAAGACCACAGUGAGUGAAGCGGAACAUCCCCUGCUGUGUGAAGGCACCAGGAGGGAGAAGGGCGACCUGGCACUGGCUCUCAUGAUCACCUACAAGGACGACCAGAGCAAGCUGAAAAAGAUUCUGGACAAGCUGUUGGACCGUGAGAGCCAGACCCACAAGCCCCAGACGCUCAGCUCAUUCUACUCCAGCAAGCCGGCGGCCGGCAGCCAAAAGAGCCCGUCCAAGCACUCGGCGGCCCACGCCCACGCCCACGCCCACGCUCACGCCUCCUCGCACUCGGCCUCGGCCGGCGCCACCGGCGGCAUCUCCAAGCACGCCGCGUCCGCCUCCGCCGCUGCCCCCGUGGCGACGGCCGGAGGUGCGGCCUCCUCCUCCCAGGGCGUGGCGGGCGGGUGUGCGCCCGGGCAGCAGGGGGCGCUAGGGGGUGCCGGCACAGUGCAGAACACCGCGGCGGUAGCUGCCGCAGCAGCAGGAGAGGCCAUCACGGGAGAGAACAGGGAACAAGACGGAGCGCAGCCCUCCUCGUGUGAGCAGCCGAACGAGGCGGCCCCCUUCAAGCCAGAGGGCACGGUGCCCAGUCGCCUAGCGCUGGGCGGGCGAGGGGCCUACAGCGGCCGCUGUUGGGGCUCCCCCGUGCGGCAGAAGAAGAAGCACACAGGCAUGGCGAGCAUCGACAGCAGCGCCCCAGAGACCACCUCGGACAGCUCGCCCACCCUCAGCCGCCGCCCGCUGCGAGGGGGCUGGGCAGCCGCCUCCUGGGGGAGGGGUCAGGACAGCGACAGCAUCAGCAGCUCGUCGUCCGAUUCCCUGGGCUCGUCCUCGUCCAGCGGCUCACGCCGUGCAGGAGGCGGGGCCAGAGCCAAAAGCACCGACACCAGCAGGUAUAAAGGGCGUCGCCCCGAGUGCCAUGCACCGCACGUGCCCAAUCAGCCCUCGGAGGCGGCGGCUCACUUCUACUUCGAGCUGGCCAAGACGGUGCUCAUCAAGGCGGGCGGCAACAGCUCCACGUCCAUCUUCACGCAACCCUCGGCCAGCGGUGGCCACCAGGGCCCCCACCGCAACCUGCACCUCUGUGCCUUCGAGAUCGGCCUGUACGCGCUGGGCCUGCACAACUUUGUGUCGCCCAACUGGCUGUCCAGGACCUACUCCUCCCAUGUGUCCUGGAUCACAGGUCAGGCAAUGGAGAUCGGCAGCGCGGCACUCAACAUUCUGGUGGAGUGUUGGGAUGGCCACCUCACCCCUCCCGAGGUGGCGUCGCUGGCAGACCGGGCGUCGCGGGCCCGGGACCCCAACAUGGUGCGCGCAGCGGCUGAGCUGGCACUGAGCUGCCUGCCCCAUGCCCACGCGCUCAACCCCAACGAGAUCCAGAGGGCCCUGGUGCAGUGCAAGGAGCAGGACAACUUGAUGCUGGAGAAGGCCUGCAUGGCGGUGGAGGAGGCGGCCAAAGGCGGGGGCGUGUACCCUGAGGUGCUAUUCGAGGUGGCGCACCAGUGGUACUGGCUGUACGAGCAGACGGUCGGCUGGCGCUCGGGCUCCCAGCGGGAGGUGCCGGCGCGCUGCGGGGCCAACGGCGGCUCGGCCCGGAGGCAACAGGAGUCGGGCUGCAGCGUGCUGGAGGGCGGCGGCACCAUGGACCAGCAGAGCAUGGCGGCGGUCACGGCCUCGGUCACGGCGGCGGCCGUGGUGCCGGUCAUCUCGGUGGGCUCCACCAUCUACCAGUCGCACGCGAUGCCCGGCGCAGCCAUGGCGCACACGCAGGGCCUGCACCCCUACACCACCAUCCAGGCGCACCUGCCCACUGUGUGCACCUCGCAGUACCUGGGCCACCCGCUCCAGCACGUGCCACGGCCCGCCGUCUUCCCUGUACCUGGGGCUGCCUAUCCACAGGGGAUGCACCCAGCCUUCAUCGGUGCCCAGUACCCAUUCUCAGUGGCCACUGGCCCCCCGAUGGCAGCCACCGCCGUCACAUUCCCAGGGGUCCCUGUGCCGUCCAUGACCCAGAUCACCGUCCACCCCUACCACACGGAGACGGGGCUGCCGCUCAGCACCACUGUAGCAGGUCCGUGUGGGUUUGUAGGUGGGGUGCAUUCAAGCUCUACCAUCCAGGCUAUUCCCGCCCUUCCGGGUCUCGCCUCCCAGCCCACCUCAUUGGUCAGCGCGCCCUUUCCUACGGAAGACGAACAGCACAGUCAGCCAAUAAGCCAGCAGGGUCUUCACUAUUUGCACUCAGCCUACAGAGUUGGUAUGCUCGCCCUGGAGAUGCUGGGAAGGAGGGCGCACAAUGACCACCCCAACAACUUCUCACGUAGCCCUCCCUACACGGAGGACGUCAAGUGGCUCCUGGGCCUGGCGGCCCGUCUGGGUGUGAACUACGUGUAUCAGUUCUGCGUGGGCGCUGCCAAAGGCGUGCUCAGCCCCUUCGUGCUGCAGGAGAUCAUCAUGGAGGCGCUGCAGCGGCUCAACCCGGCACACAUCCAUGCCCACCUACGGACGCCCGCCUUCCAUCAGCUCGUGCAGCGCUGCCAGCAGGCCUACCUACAGUACAUCCACCACCGUCUGAUCCACCUGACGCCGGCGGACUACGACGACUUUGUGAACAUCAUCAGGAGCGCGCGCGGGGCCUUCUGCCUGACACCGGUGGGCAUGAUGCAGUUCAACGACGUGCUGCAGAACCUGAAGCGCGGCAAGCAGACCAAGGAGCUGUGGCAGCGCAUCUCCCUGGAGAUGGCCACCUUCUCCCCCUGACCUCCCAUGGAGACUCCGUCACCGUCACCACAACCACCACCACCACCACCAUCACCACCGCGGGCGUCACCACCGCUGCCAUGACACCGGGGCACAGAGAGACAUGUCCGCUCGCCACUCCCAUGGGCCCCCUUAUCCUGCCCAGACCCUACCCCGACCUGGACAAACCACCACCCACCUACCCCCUCUCCCGCUAGGUGCCCUACCGGCUGGUCAUAAACGCAGCUCACAGGCAGCGCCCCACUGACGGAGCCCCCACUCUCCUGUCGUCCUGAUGUGUAAGACUCCAUGAUGAAGGCACGGCUCUGGGGCCUUGUGGAGCCCGCAGACAAGCCUGAGUCGCAAACAGCCAAGGGAGCCCGGACUGAGUCUAUUAUUAGUAGUGUUUUGUUGGUCAUGAUUAUUGUUGUUCUGACCCUUCUAUUGUGUCUAAUCUUCUUGUGUGACUUCUUCAUGUAACAUAAAGUUACUCCUUGAAGUUCAUCUGCCAAACUGCUCAAGGUGUCCUCUCUCACAACUGGGUGGAUGCCCUGCCUCCACUAAAAGCCCCCUACCCUCCUCCCCUCCCCUCCCACCUGCCCCCCUUCCCUCUUCGAGCCCAGUUGUGGCGGAGCUUGUAAAUGUGUUAGUUUCCGGGGAAGAAGGGAUUGAAGUUGAUCCAUUUGUGUUGAUAUUGGUUGGUUGGUUACAUUAACGAAACCACUAUGCGUCAAGAUUCAUACUGCAACAUUCCUCUGUCCUGGAGGGGAGACACUCCGCCAGUCAUCAAGGAUUUCAACUCGGGGGUCGUCUAAUGAUGUUAAAACAAGAAGCAGAAGGAAAAAAAAACAAUGUUUGUUUAAGUCAUCCAGAAGGAAAAAAAAAAAGUUUAAUAUGAAACAAUUAUCUUGAGUACGGGUGAGGAUUCUUUUGAUGUUUUUUGUUUUUCCUCUAUUUUUUGUUUUUGAUAUUUUGUAUAGAAAUUGUGUGUCUGCUGAGUGCUGUUUGAGCUGAUUUGAGCGAAUGCAAUAUAUGAGUGCCAUGUGAGCUCCUUUUUCCAAUCACCUGUUGGAGGCGAGUCUACAGUCUUGGAACACAAGAGUCUGGCUGGACCAAACGCCACCAAAUUUUUUUGGCGGCUCUUUGUAAUCUGUCCAUUUUUUUUCUGACAGAAUGUCUCCCUUCUGAUUUUGUUUUUUCUGAUUUUCAGAAAAUCGUGGUUGCACCGCCAUUAGUCCAGCCCUAUUGCUGAGUCUUUUUUUUUUUUUUUUUUUUUUAAUUUUAUCUUUAUUUUAAAUAUUCUCAGUGUUGGAUUUUUUUAUUCUGCUCCCUUUCUCUGACCUUUUCAACUUUUCUAUUUCUCUGUCCUUUGUUGUCAGUUUGCCAUUUCUUUUUCCUCUUUUUAAAUGUGGUCAGGUGUUUUGCAAAAGGGGGCAUUGCCAGAUUCCUGUGUUCAAAGUUAGACUCAGCCCCCACCCUGGAACUCACUGGUGGAGAAUGACUGAGUAGAAAAUGUACUGUGAUAUUUUUGUAUUCUUCAAAGUGUAGCUUGAUUGAAAAAGUAUAUAUAUAUAUAUAUAUAUAU